AUGAUAACACGACAAUCGCGAAAUGACGUCGAAGCACAAGGAGAACAAACCAUCGCACAAAACGACAUCGAGUCAACAGAAGCCAAUUUCAAAUCGUUGUUGAGAAAGCUCGCUUAUUUUAACCGAUCUACGGCUGAUACUCUAGAAAGUGAGUACGGAAGUGACAAAAUAAACAGACAGUAUACGUUGCUUAAAACCAAGCUGGGCGAAGCGUACGAUUUAAUACAAACUUCUCAAGAAAAUAUCUCUGUGGAACAACUACAACCUAAAAGAGCCAAAGUAGUUGAUAGUGACACACCACCAGCUUUUAUCGGUUCUAGUCGUUCCGACAAGUAUUAUGCACCAGCACCAGAAGCUACCAUUUCUGAAGAAUUAACUUCAUUUCUCAAAUCUGCAUUUACCAAGCAACUGUUCAAAGAAGUUUGGACAAAUGUCAUGGAACAAUACCCUGACAUUAAAGGAACAGUUGAUUUCCUAGUUUCACCCAUAAUGCAAACAGGGAUGAAAGAGGACAUCAAACGUGUCCAUGGUCUGUCCCGAACAAAUGAUUUGUUCACAUUUGAUGAAGGACUAGCUGACAAACAAGCACCCUUUAUUUCCGUUGUUCGACCACUUGUUAGUGCUCUACAAGCAUUGGGGCCGACAGAAGUGGAUGUAGACGGGGAUGAGCCGGCAGGUCCUGAUCCUGACCACAUAAAAGCUCUUAUCGAAGAUGCUAUUGUGCUACUGGGAAAUGCACAUUGUCGUCUAAACAUUUGGCGCCAAAAACGUUUUGCGGAGUGCUUAAGGUAAUUCCGCAGUUUUGCAUUGCGCACUUUUACUGCGCACAUCUUAUAACUUAUAAUUUCAUCCAUUAUACGUAUACCGUUUAAAAAAAUCAUUUUAUGACAAUUUUAUGUUACUUCAAAACAUCUUUGGUUACGUUCGUGCAAAGAAUUACGUUAAAAUCAAUGUUUUCAAAAAAGGCAUACAAAAGUGUAGCUAGGGUUCCCUGUGUCUGUAGUAUAUUUAUUUACUUGUAUUUCACGUUUUAAUGCCACAAUUCCCUAAAAAGAUCGGUGACCCCGUUUUUUAACUGAUAAUUUAUUUCUUUAAUGCAUUUUACAUUUCAUAUCCGAAAUUGAAAGAAAAAUCAUUUCUGGAUCUUGAAAAAAAAAUCCUUUAUCAAUGCAUGUUCUCCAAGAAAGAUAUGUAAAGAAAUGUGGAAAAAACAUUUAUAGAUCAGAAUUGUACACAUUAGUAGUUUCAUUUUGCUCAAAACACAAUAUUUUUCCAAAAAUAAUUACAAGAUAAGUUUACAAAAGCAAAAUCCGCGCUAAAAACGUCAAUAAAUAUCGGGCUGUUGUGAUUUUGCUGUUACUCGUAAUGAGCGUCAAGAUGGCGCCAUAUUGGGCUAAAGGUGGUAUAUUGUGAUUGUCAUACCUUCUUAACGAGUUCGGUGACCCCGACUUUUUUGUGUGAUUUUACUUUAAGUAUAUAAUAAACUCCAUGCCUGGGAAGUUUCAGCACAUUCUCAUUUCGGGAACAAUUACUGCGGAAUUACCUUAACGGAUGUGGGUAAGCGUACCCUGAAAGACCAAAUUCCAGCUGACAAGUACCUGUUCCCCGAGCAAUUUCAUAAUGUAAUUAAAGAGGAAUAUGAUCAUGCAAAUACCAAUCGCAAAAUAGUGGCAUAAUCAACCAAACCUCAAAGGUUUUUCUCCUCCAGAGGGCGUUUUCGAACCAACAAGUCCUUUCGUGACCAGCCCUUUCGUGACCUAUCCUUCCAGCGAUCUAAUUUUACCCGACCGCAACAUAACAACUCAUUCAGAAAGAAUCCAAACAACAACAAACCCUAUUGGGCAAAACGUGGAAACCACGCAAAACGCAGCUGACUAUCAGCUACCAACACUAAAAGACAUCAAACCAACGGACAAUCUUGUAGCAGGCCGCAUCAAACAAUUUUAUUCAAAAUGGACACUAAUUACAUCAAAUCCCUGGAUGCUAUCCAUAGUUCAAGGGUACAAAAUUCCCUUUGUUCGGCAACCCAUACAGUGGAGGCAGAGACAAGCGAAAGCAAAGUCGAAAGAGGGAAGAAGCCAUAUUACAACUCCAAGCGAAAGGUGCAGUAAAAGCUGUACAGGAGGAGACAAACCAAUUCACUUCAACACUGUUCAUAGUGAAACAAGUGUCCAAGGACAGGCCAAUUUUCAAUUUAAAGAAUUUCAAUCGCUUUGUCCAAUCUCAGAAGUUCAAGAUGGAAGGUCUGGAAGCAGUACGCAAACUGAUCCAACCAGGAGAAAACAACAACUUGGACAACUUGGACAACUUGGACAGAAAGAUAAAACUAUCUACUAGUAUUUCUACAUUUAAGAGAAACUUUUUAGCAAUCUUUGAACUUUCCCUCGUAUAAUUUUUUAAUAUUUUUCAUAGUUAUGUAGUAUAUGCAUGUCUUCCUUAUAUAAUAGUUUAUUUAGUUCAGGACCUUUCUGAAAAUCACUUUGUGAGAAAGCUUCCUGGAAUUAAAUAUUAAUUAAAAAAAAAAGGAAAAAAAAAAGAGACUUCAUGAUGAAGUUAGAUCUCCAAGACACCUAUUUUUCCGUACCGAUUCACAACAGUCACAAGAAAUAUCUGUGGUUUGUACAAUCUCGUUCCCAGAGUAUGCCUGUUCGCGGGUUAGGUAGUGGGUAUGUCUGUGCUACACUAUAUUAUGGUGAUGGCAGCGAUAUCAAAUUACCAUUGGAUAGACAUGAGAACCUGACGUUUAAGCUGUUCUAUAUGCACCCAGAAAUGUGUGUCUAUGACAAGAAAAUACAAGCUUUUUUCAACUGUAAACCUCUGAAUAUAAUGCUCACCUCAUUCCAAAUAUAAGCCCCCCCCUCCCCCCAUAAUAUCCCACUAUGUUAUUUAACAUUGACAUUUGUAAUCCAAGUGAGUAUAUAUAUAUACGUUUUAAGACGUGACCAGGAACGACUGCGAAAAAUGCAGCACAAGGUCCUCUGGUAGGAAUUGAACCUACGGCCCUGCGAUUCCGGUGCAGCGCUCUAACCAACUGAGCUACAGAGGCCAGCUGUUGAGCUGUAACCGUAAGUUCAUGUAUAUAUAGGUGAUCGGGUGUGCGGGUUGUGAUAAGAUGGACUUCAAUGAUCUGGUUUUUUGCACUUCACUUGGUGGUAUUAAUAUUUGAAUGCUGUUCUUAGGGUUUGUAAUCCAAGUGAGUAUAUAUAUACAUUUUAAGACCUGACCAGGAACGACUGCGAAAAAUGCAGCACAAGGUCCUCUGGUAGGAAUUGAACCUACGGCCCUACGAUUCCGGUGCAGCGCUCUAACCAACUGAGCUACAGAGGCCAGCUGUUGAGCUAAGAACAGCAUUCAAAUAUUAAUACCACCAAGUGAAGUGCAAAAAACCAGAUCAUUGAAGUCCAUCUUAUCACAACCCGCACACCUGAUCACCUAUUUAUACAUGAACUUACGGUUACAGCUCAACAGCUGGCCUCCGUAGCUCAGUUGGUUAGAGCGCUGCACCGGAAUCGCAGGCCGUAGGUUCAAUUCCUACCAGAGGACCUUGUGCUGCAUUUUUCGCAGUCGUUCCUGGUCAGGUCUUAAAAUGUAUAUAUAUACUCACUUGGAUUACAAACCCUAAGAACAGCAUUCAAAUAUUAAUACCACCAAGUGAAGUGCAAGAAACCAGAUCAUUGAAGUCCACCUUAUCUCAACCCGCACACCCGAUCACCUAUAUAUACAUGAACUUACGGUUACAGCUCAACAGCUGGCCUCUGUAGCUCAGUUGGUUAGAGCGCUGCACCAGAAUCGCAGGGCCGUAGGUUCAAUUCCUACCAGAGGACCUUGUGCUGCAUUUUUCGCAGUCGUUCCUGGUCAGGUCUUAAAAUGUAUAUAUAUACUCACUUGGAUUACAAACCCUAAGAACAGCAUUCAAAUAUUAUAAUUUAUAAUAGUAGUAUAUAUACUAAUAGUCACGUGAUCGAUAUCUUCACUGGUGAAGAUAUGGAAAAUAGUGUCACUGUGAAUUUCUCAGUAUCUCACUCUCUACUAUAUAAUAAAGUAUUUUAUUAUUAUAUAUAGUGCUUUAUAGAGAUUUCAAACACUGAUAAAAGUGAUAAUCUCACAUGUGAUAUUAUUCAUGAUAAUCUCACAUGUGAAAAUUAUCGCUUUUCAAUGAUCGUUUUUCUGUAAAAAUUAUCGCUUUUCAAAGACUGUCCUUUAUAUAAUAAACAGAAAAUACAUCAUGGGUGCUUGGAAAUACCAGAUUUAUUUCUCAUGUUGAACAUGAUAUCUCACCCGUUCGCUGUGCUCACUCGUGAGAUAUCAUGUUCAACACUCGAAAUAAAUCUGGUAUUUCCGCGCAUUCCAUGUAUUAUAUUCUCUAUAUAAUAGUAGUAUAUAUAUAGUGUUACAUUGAUUCUUGCGAAAAAGAUAUACUCGUAUGACUAUAAUCACUUUGAUAUUCCAUAUAUAUUAUUUGUUUGAUAUAGGCCCUAUAAUCACUCUAAAAUUAAAAUAUAUUAACAUCUUUCAACAGUCCAAAAUUUAAUUUCAGUAACACUGAUCUGCAGACUGCAUGCAGUCAUCUAAUCAAAAACGUAUUGGAAAUUUGCAACAAAUGUAUAAGCGUGGUAUAAGUUUUAUUUUACAACUACGUUUCGAUGGUCAUUCAUGCAUCAUUUUCAAGUUGAAAUAAUAAAGCAUUUAUAUAUACAUAAUAGGCUAUUACAUAUAAUUGCGUAUUCAUAGUAAUAAUUAAAUUAAACGGCUCGUGCCACGGUGGCAAGUUAUUGCCUGGGUAAAGCCCAUAAUAUUACAUAAAUACUAUAUAACAUCUCAUAAUUAAUUUAAAAACACAUGCAAUUAUAUAACACCAUAAAUAGUAACAACGACUGCACAUGUAUUCAAUUAUGGACAAAGUUCCUUAAUGUCCUGCAAAUUCUUUCUAACAAAAAACAUCAUGAACUGUUUAUUCGUGAAUUUUGGGAGCUUGUCCGACGAAAACAUGACAGAAAAAUCUCCGGUGGGUGAUUUGAUGGCGAUAAUUGUUAGCGUGAUAGAUAACAGAUCACAUGCAGUAUAAGUUUAUUCACUGACUUUUAGUUUAUAAAAAUAUUUAUAUAGCUUUUAAUUCGUUUCUUUGUAUAAUAAUGGCAAUAUACGCAUUUAUAUUCGAAACUUUAUUAAAUAGAAUGUUACGUACUGUGUCGCCAUUGAAAACGAACUAUACUCUAUACUCUAUAUACUAGUUGGCCCGUAAAAUGGACUGAAUGGCCGCAAUGCAAUGCAAUGCAAUGCAAUGCAUGGCCGUUUUCAAUCCGUCAACGGUAUAGUUUGCAAUCCGUGUUUAACCUAUUUAGUAUUUACAGUCUAUUUUUAUUUUUUACGUUUUGAUCACUUUCACAAAACAAUGACAAAAUCCAUUAAAUAUCAAAAGAAAGUUUAACAUAUAGUUCGAGGAAAAACACCUGUGCAGAAUUUUACUUAAGGAACAGGCCUUUUUAUUCUGUUAUGCUUUAAUUUACGUAAAGUACUAAAGUAUAGCUUUUAACUUUAAUUAAAUAUGCAAAUAUAUUGGUGCUUAAUUAUUUUGACGAAGAAAAAUAAAGGGAUAACCUUUUGACAUUUCUGGUCAUGUAUCAAAUAUCAUGUAUAGAUGACGAUAGCAAGUAUUGAUGGGAAGUGUUGCAAAAAGCUAGCAAAAGUUUACGCCAAAAUAACAAACUAAUUAGCAUUAGCGCCGUGUAACUUGCGGUUAAAUGCGUUGGUAAAUUUUUGAGCUUAAGUCAGGGAAGGAUUUCUAUAUUUAGAGGCUGACUGCAUAUAUUUCAUUUCAUGCAAUAUAGGUCGUACAAUCACUGCUCAACACUCUAAGUGUGAUGUUAGAAUGGUCAAAAGAGGAUGUUUCAAGGAUACUGGAGCAACAAAAGCGAAUAACAACAAACGGCCAUUGAAUGAAUUUCUCCACAACUUCAAGAAAAAAAUCAACUGGGAUGCUGGAUGGAACAACUACCUUUAUGAAACCACAUGCGA